GGGAGGCGGGACUUGCUGGCGACGGCGGCGGCGGCUCCCUCAUGGCGGCCGAGCUGGGGCAGGAGGCCGAGGUCUCGGAGCUGCAGCGGCUGGUGGCGGCCGAGGAGCAGCGGGCGCGCCUCACCGCCCAGGUCCACAGCUUCAUGGAGGUCUGCUGGGAGAAGUGCGUGGACAAGCCCGGCUCCAAGCUGGACUCCCGGACGGAGACCUGCCUGGCCAACUGCGUCAACCGCUUCAUCGACACCACCCUGUCCGUCACCAGCCGCUUCGCGCAGCUCAUGCAGAAGGGCGGCCACUGACGCGGGCCCCGGAGGGCUGGUGGGAGAGGCGCGCGCCGGCCGAGCGGCGGGACGGCGCUGGAGGGCUGCUCUUCUGCGGCGGCACCGGAGGAGGAGGAGUGAAUGCACCCCGUGUUAAAUCAGCCGGCUUGUCCGAUCACAGGAGAAUAGCAUUUGUUCUUCACAGGGGGAUGUAAAGAUUCAGUCCAGUAAUGCUGCCCGAAAUGAUUUGGGUGGGUCUGAAGUCGCUGUUCAUAUCCGCACAAGAGAAAUGUAAUAUAUUCUCCGUUGAGCUUUUGGCACCAGCUAAUUCUGUUCUGAUUUAACCUUACAGUAACACUGGGGAGUAUUAGUCGAAUGUUUACUUCAUCCCGCCGCUGGCUACGUUUGUACAAUAUGAUGAUCCAUAAUUAAAUGAACGCUUUAUUGAAUAAA